AUGCCCAACUGUACGGAUCAUUGUGGAAAUGUAAGUAUUCCCUUCCCUUUCGGCACGAGGGAAGGCUGUUACUUUAACAUAUCAUUCUCAGUCACUUGUAAUGACACCCACUAUGAUCCUCCCAAACCAUUCUGGGUAGACUCGGGCAUAAAUAUCACAAGCAUAUCCCUAGAGGGCCAAAUGCAUGUCAUGAAAUUCAUAGCAAAAUCCUGUUAUUCUCGGAAUGGCACCAGGGUGUAUCGUCGUGAACCCUCGUUAACAGUGGCCGAUGGAUUCGUGGUCAAUAAUACUGCCAAUAAGUUCUUUGUCGUUGGCUGUGAUAGUUACGCUUAUGUAUCUGGGAGCCUAAAUAACCGGAGUUACUUGACAGGGUGCACUUCCACGUGCAACGACAGGGGUGAUCUGGUCGACGGCUCGUGUUCGGGUGUAGGCUGUUGCCAGAUUUCUAUCCCGAAACUGUCGUUGAAAGUUGAGGUGACAUUGCAUAGCUUUAAGAAUUUGACAACUGUGUGGGACUUCAAUAACUGCAGCUAUGGUUUUGUAACUGAAGCAAGUGCAUUCAAUUUCUCCGCAAGUAGUCUUUCCAACCUGAGUAAUGUGAAAAAGCUUCCAGUGGUGGUUGACUGGGCAGUUGGAGAAGGAACUUGUGAGGAAGCUCGAAAUGACAUUUCUAGUUAUGCAUGUAAAAGUGAGAAGUCUGAGUGUUAUGAACCCGAUAAUGGUUAUGGGUAUCGUUGUCGUUGUCAGAAAGGUUAUGAAGGAAAUCCAUACCUUGAAGAUGGCUGUAAAGACAUUGAUGAAUGUGAGAAUCAAAGUCUCCAUAACUGUGAAAAGCAAUGUAAGAACACACCAGGGGGGUAUAAGUGUGUUUGCCCGAAAGGCUACCAUGGAGAUGGUAAGAAAGAUGGACAAGGUUGCAUGCGUGGUCAAUCACUUGUCUUCAAAGUUGCUACAGGUUAUUAG